AUGUCCUCCUAUGCUAAAUUCCUAAAGGAUAUUCUGGCAAAGAAGAGAACAAUUGAAACGGAAAUAGUGACCCUCAGCCCAAAAUGCAGUGCCAUUCGGAAGCAUGAACUACCCCCUAAGAUGACCAAUCCAGGAAGCUUUUCAAUUCCAUGCAAGCUACACAAUGUAACAAUAGAUCGAGAAUUAUGUGACCUUGGUGCAAGUGUUCUUUCGAUCAACAAGAAGUUAAACGUAGGGGAACUUAAAUCAACAACGAUGGCACUACAAUUAGCGGACCGAUCAGUCAAAUACCCCCUCGGGAUACUAGAAGAUGUGUCGUUAAAAGUAGAUGCAAUUGUGCAUGUAAGAGCAGGCAGGCUCACCUUGAAGAUAGGAGGUGAAACAGUUGAGUUCACACUGGAUAAGAACCUUAAGCAAUCAAUGUCUGUAGACUCCGCCUGUUACAUCGAUGCGUUGGAUGCUCUAGCAGAUGAAUUCUUAGAAGAGUUUCGCGACCUCGAUCCUCUGGAAGUUUCUUUGGAAGCUAUUAGAGGGGGUGGAUACGUGAACAAUGAAGAGGUAAACGAAUAUCUUCGGGCAUUAGAUAGUUGUGCAGAGGACGAAGUUAACAUCCAAUCCACAUCAGUACCCGUCGAAGCCUUCUGCAGAGUAGACCAUGUCCAAAAUAAUGAAAGAAGACUAGAAUGUUGGGUUUCCUGGGAUCUCUAG